GUGAUAAUAAAUCUCAAUUUAAGCAUAUUUUAAUACCCCCCAAAACCAUCUUAUUAUUUACAAAACUAUUUAAAACAAUAAACUAAUGAAUUUCUAGUGCGUAAUGGAUCACAUGAGUAAGAAUACUUCUUUAAAAACUACGAUGACAGCUAGCUAAUUAUCUUUCGCCACGGAAUCUGACGUCGCAAUCGUCAUUGAUGACGAAAGCGCUUCGGAGUCCGAAGAUACCCGAAGUGCAAGGCAAGAUGGAUUCCAGCGGGCAAGUUGGUCCUGAUACUGAUUCAAGCUCUGAUGAGCUUCCACCUGUUAGAGGUGGAAGAUUGGCAAGAGGGGUUUCGGCAAGAGGAGGUGUCCGUCAUGCCAGAGGCAGAGUGAGAUCUGGUCGUGCCAGGGGCAGGGGGCAGGGUGUUCGACGCGGCAGAAGGCAAACUACAGUAGAUAGGAGAGAUGUGGUUGCUGCAAGAAAUACUCAGUUACAAGAACGCAUUCAUAAUAUGCCAGAAAAUAACUUGAGAGAUCUGGUCUACCAACUCUGCCAGAGGAAUCCAAGUUUGGUUUUUGGUGUCCUGGAGGAGUGUAGCAAGGCCGAAAGGGGUGAACACCAUCCACCCCCUGCUCACAUGCAAGGGCAGCCUGACUGGUGUUGCUGUUCUCAUUGCAGGGAAAUGCCCACACAAGUAGAACGUGUCUGUUGUAACCAAACAGAGCAGAAUUCGCGGGAAUUGGAGUUAUGUCAGUUGGAGGAUCAUACUAGGGUUUACAAUGUCGGAAUAACAUAA